CUGUAGCUUUCAAUCUCACUGCUGAAUAAGAACUGGUUUACAUGCAGAAGCACGAAACCAGUAAUGCAGCCGUCUUACACAUUCCCAUUCUGUUUGUCCACUUUUUUUCCUUGUAUUGUUACUGUGUAAUACUCCCUUUUUGUUAUUGUUUGAUUUCCAUGUGGCGUUUCGUUUUAUGUGAUUAGUUUUUCUUCACAAAAAUGCAUGUUUUUAUUAAAGUUAAGUCACUCUUAAGAUCCAUCAUCCGAAGGGCAUUGUAAUCAGGAAGCAUCUCUGUGGUAAACAACUUUUUUGUUGUUAAUUGCAAGUCAAAUUUUUAAAUAACUUUUUAUCCUGACAGUAGUAUAUUGUCAGAAUUCCAUGUUCACAUUGAUCAUGUGCAGUAACUGUGAAAUAGUACACCAAUGGGUCAGUUUUGCUUCAAAAAAAGUGAGCCAAGGCACUUCUAUUUGUGGUGCAAUGUACUUCAAAGCUCUGUAGUGUGUGUUGGCGUAAUGUAUAGAUGCAUCUUGUCACUUGUUUUCUCCACAGUGCAUAAGGUAAGUGUUUGCAGGUGUACUUCGCAAGGACGCAAGGUGCAAUUUAUACUUGACUCUUAAACUGACUGCUGAUUGUAACAUUUGCAAGGCAAUAAUAUACUAGUUAUUUUGUACGGAAAAAAACAAGUGAGCUGCAGUACAAGAUGCAUUGUGUUUUUAAUGUUUUUUUUAAAGUCAUAUUAAUGCCUUUAGACGAAUUUUGUGCAAAAAUAAAAUCGAGGCUACCCCAAAAUAAACAUUGCAACUUUAGUUCGGUUUUGUGAAUUUUUUGCUAUUACUUUCUAAUAGUUUUAUUCGGCCCCAUAUAUAGUGAUUAUACAUUUUUAUAAGGGUAUUUGAAUUAAAACUAGUCAGACUUUUAUAUUCAUUUAAGCUCUUUGUUAAAUGCACAACGUGUGUUGGACUUGUUUACAUAAACGGAACUAUUCAUCGUGAUCUGGCGCACACCGGACAUGAAGCGAGUUGCACUUCCUGUUUAACCGGAAGCCAACUUGAAUUGUUGCUAUUGACAUGAAAGCUAUUAAAUGGCGGGCGUUAGAACUGAAUUUCUCUUUUUAAUAGAAAUAAUCCAAUUACAUUGUUCCAAGGCUUUAAUUUAACGUAAAUUAUCCUGUAAUAUGUUCAAAAAGAUGACUGAAUUUGGUCCAGAUUCCGGAGGUCGCGUUAAGGGAGUUACUAUUGUGAAGCCUAUCGUGUUUGGGAAUGUCGCCCGCUACUUCGGGAAGAAGCGAGAAGAAGAUGGACACACUCAUCAGUGGUCUGUGUACGUGAAGCCGUACAGAAAUGAGGAUAUGUCAGCUUAUGUGAAAAAGAUCCAGUUCAAGCUACAUGAGAGCUACGGCAACCCACUUAGAGUGGUGACCAAGCCCCCUUAUGAGAUCACAGAGACCGGCUGGGGGGAGUUUGAGAUCAUCAUCAAGAUCUUCUUCAUUGACCCAAACGAGAGACCUGUGACGCUUUACCAUCUGCUGAAGCUGUUCCAGUCUGAUUCCAGCGCAAUGCCGAAGAAGACGGUUGUGUCCGAGUUCUAUGAUGAAAUGAUCUUCCAGGAUCCCACAGCCAUGAUGCAGCAGCUCCUGACCACGACGAGACAACUCACACUGGGAGCCUACAAACAUGAGACCGAGUUCGGCGAACUGGAGCAGAAGACAAAGGAGAAAAUGGAGGUGGCCAAGAAGAGGACCAGCCAGGAGAUCACUGAUCUGAAAGACAAGCUGAAAGCCAGCAGGGAGAACAUCAACCACCUCAAGAUGGAGAUUAGGAAACUGGAGGAAGAUGGAGAACACAAGGACCACUGACUACUCCAUCACAGAUGCCACCCCCUCCCCAACCCCCGCCCAUUUUCACUGACUAUGUAAGGUUAUGAUGUUUUUUAUUUUUAUAUUUUCAUUUAAAAAAAAUGCUAACAUUGUUUUGAGCCCUGUCUUGACUCAUCAAUGAAGGUGCUCGGUCUAGUUCAGGGACCGUUGGACAAAUGAGAAGUCUUGGUAAACAGCAACAGUAUAAGUUAUUUAUACAGGUAAUGCUAUUUACAUCAAAUUUGUUUUUUAAAGAGGGGUUAAAUAGUUUUUGUAAUUGUUUUUUAUUAAAAUAUGCUCAAAUCGUA